UAAAAAUUCUGAAUUCUCGCCCAAUCCACUCCACUCCUAAUCCGUAACAGUUUGCCGUGUCACUGGAGUGAAGUUCUUUUUUUAUAGAGUAUUAAAUUAAAUAAUUUAUAAUACGAGUAUACAAUUUCGUAAAUAACCUAUUCUUUUUUGUUCAAAAUAGUUGAUAAUGGCUGGAGAAGUAGUUGUAGAUGCUUUGCCAUAUAUUGAUCAAGGAUAUGAUGAACCAGGAGUUAGAGAAGCUGCAUUUGCUAUGGUUGAAGAAGAAUGCAGAAGGUACAGACCUACCAAAAAUUAUUUAGAACAUUUACCUCCGUUAAAUGUUUCAUCUUUUGAAACACCUAUAAUGCAUAAUGAGUUUGAAAGACUUCAAAAUCGUUUACCCAUGGAGACCCUUUCAAUGAAGCGUUAUGAAUUACCUCCACCACCUACUGGCAAAUUGAACGAAGUGAGUGCAUGGAUAGAAUGUGUAGAUAAUUCACAGGCUCAGUUAGAACAUCAAGCAGUAAGAAUAUUAAAUUUACAACUUAUGUUAGAAUAUUGUUGUCCAGCUUGGCAACGAUAUCUGCAGACAUUAACAGAUUCGGAAAAAUUGGCCUCCAAAAAAUUGGCAGAAUUAAGGCAACAGUUACAAGAAGUCAACUGGCAGAGAAAGUCCUUACAAACGAAGGGAGGAGAACAGUUAAAGGGAUUAGAAGCAAAAUGGGUUGCUUUAGUUUCUCAAAACUAUGAAAUUGAACAGGCUUGUUGUUUGGCUGAAGAAUAUAUAGCUCAAGUGAAACAGAAUCCACAAGUCCUCAGUUAUCAAAAUUCACAAGUUCAGGGCGUUAAUGGAUAAUAUUUUUAUUUUAAAUAACUAUAGUGAUGAUUUAAAAACAUUAAAUAAAUCUGUUUUAUAUUUUA